AUGGCAUUCCCACGCCGCCGCCCUCGCAGCCUCAGUCGAAUCCGCGAACACCGCAGGAACCCAGCCACGGACUCACGCGGCCAGACCCCGCUGCACAUUGCCGCCCAGUGCGGGCAUCUGGGCGUGGUACGAUUGCUCCUAACCACCGAACAAAUCGAUGUCAAUGCCCGCGACCACCAUGGGUCGACACCACUGCAUGUCGCAAGCGAGAAGGGCCAUGUUGAAGUGGUGCAGUUGCUAGUGGCUCAUGGGGCGCGCUUAGAUGCCCGGUCGGGUCGGACCGGAUAA